GAGCUCUCCUGGUAGAUGCUAGGUCGUGGGUGAGGGCUCAGCUUUCUCUGCUAGUUCCUACGUUGGGAGUCCUUAGCCUUGGAAUGCGAGAGGGAAAAGCGCAGGAGGUUCCGGGACUGGGGCGUGAAGGCAUCGUCCGGGAAAGCUUGGGCGCAAAAGACAGUCCUAGUUGGAGGAGUCACUGGAGCCAGUGGUAGGGAACUUUCUUAGACACCCUUCCCUCCUUGGGGUGCUAUGGAGUUCCCAGAACACAGUCAGCAGCUGCUUCAGAGCCUGCGGGAGCAACGGUCCCAGGGUUUCCUUUGUGACUGCACUGUGAUGGUUGGUAAUACCCAGUUCUUGGCCCAUCGGGCUGUGCUGGCCUCCUGCAGCCCAUUCUUUCAGCUUUUCUACAAGGAGCGGGAAUUGGACAAGAGGGAUCUGGUGUGUAUUCAUAAUGAGAUUGUCACAGCCCCAGCCUUUGGGUUGCUUUUGGACUUUAUGUAUGCUGGCCAGCUGGCCCUUAGGGGAGAUACUCCUCUAGAAGAUGUGCUGGCAGCCGCCAGCUACUUGCACAUGAAUGACAUUGUUAAGGUUUGUAAGCAACGGUUGCAAGCCCGAGCUCUGGCAGAGGCAGACAGCACCAAGAAGGAAGAGGAAACCAACCCUGCUAGUUUGGAGUUUUUGUCGGGCAGUACUCGAGGCCCACAGCCUUUACUGGCAUCUGUUGAGCCCUCAGCCCGCUGGAGCAAAGAGGAAUGGAAGGGUCCAGCCACUCCCUUGCCCAUUGCUCAUCCUGCAGAUGAGCCACCAGUGCCUGGUGGGGCUGACACUACACAACCAAGCAUGGAAGUUGACUCAUCACAUCUUCGGGCGCCUCCUCCACCAGUGUCUGAUGUCUCCAUCUCUCUUGCCAGCCCAAGUAGCUCUACAGAGACCAUUCCAGUAAAUUACUUCUCAUCUGGCCUUCCAGGAGUUUCGGUGGAGCCCUUGACUCCUCUUGAUGUGGUUCCUGAGAGUCUGAGGGUGGUGGAAUCAAGGGAUACUGGAGGACCACUGCAAGGCUUCUAUCCCCCAGCGCCAGCUCCACCCCCAGCGCCAGCCCCACCCCCAGCACCAGCCCCAGUUCUAUCCCAGGCUCCAGCCCCAGUUGAAGCUGAACUGGUCCAGGUAAAAGUAGAAGCUAUUGUGAUCUCUGAUGAGGAGACUGACUUGUCAGAGGAACAGGCCCAGGGAUCAUCAGAAGGGCUGUUCCCAUCUGGAGGAGCAAUGUAUGGGGGACAGCCUUCACAGGCAGAGGCUUUUGAGGAGCCAGGGGCAACAGGACUAGAGGAGGUGGGGCCAAGUGACCACUUCCUGCCUCCAGAAUGUCAUCUACCAUACCAUCUGCUGCCAGGUCCAGGGCAGUAUCCUCGGGGGCUGGUAACCUCACCCCUGCCUGCACCACCAGCCCUGCAUGAACCACUCUACCCUCCUUCUGAGUAUGAAGCAGCCCAAGGGAGCUUUGGGAAUUUUACAGAGGAUGUUCCCACCUGCAAGACAUGUGGAAAGACCUUCUCGUGUUCUUAUACGCUGCGGCGACAUGCCACAGUGCACACACGUGAGCGACCCUAUGAGUGCCGCUAUUGCCUACGAAGCUACACACAGUCAGGGGACCUCUACCGCCACAUCCGCAAGGCUCACAAUGAGGACCUGGCCAAACGCAGCAAACCGGAUCCAGAGGCUAGCACCACUCUAGGGGUGCAGCCCCUCUCUGGCUCCCAAAUGACAGAGAGACAGAGCAGUGGUGGUGGAGGUCCACCCAAAGAUUUUGUACUUGGUCCCAAAAAUUAACAUCUGGGCCGCAUGAAGUGAUACCAGGCCUGCUCUUACCAUUGUUAGAUGGCUACAGAGAAGGUUGGAGGCAUCUUGUCACUCCUGGGUAGCAGAAUGAAGGCUCUUCCCAAGCUGAAGGUGUCUACCUUUUUCUUUGGCCAGCAGAUAAACAGGACAUUAUAGGGCAGAGCAGGUCAGUCAAUUCUCCAAGGGCACUAGGAAUUUUCCUGAGGUGUAACUGCUUUUCACUCCACAUUCUGGAACAUAAAACUAGCACUGAAAUUAUCCCUUUGAA